AUGGACCUCAAGCUCGACUGGCUCGUGUCCCACGCCCGGGCCUCCGGCACCGCUGGCAGCGCCGGCGACGCGGGCUGCAGCUCGCGCGCCUUCGGCUCGUGGGGGUCGGCGCCGGUCUAUCGCGGGGCGGCGGAUCUCCGCGGCGCUGCGGGCGGAGGCGCUCGGAUCAACGUGAUGCCCCCGCCGGAGACCGGCGCGCCCGCGGCCGCGGGCCCUGAGCCUGUCGCUGGCCUCCUCAGGUGCCUGUCGGCACAGGAGCCGCUCGACCAGGGCUGCCUGAGCAACCGGUCUUCCUCCCGGUCCCAGCCCCCGCGGUUGUCGGGGCAGCACCGGCGAUCGUCGGUGAGGGUCAACGCCGAGGCCGCUGGCUCCUUCAUCCCCAACCUGAGCAAGAGGCACGCGACGAUCCGGACUGCAUCUGGCUCUGGGUCUCCGACGGGGGGCUCUCGUGGUAGCGCCGGUUUCCCGAGGCCUGGGUCCGACAUGUCACGCCAGGUGCCCGCCGUAUUGAAGGGCAACUUCUUCGCCAGGAAGCUGCGAGAAAGAUCCGAAAGCACUGACACGGAGGAUGUGAUGAAACGGAUACAGUCGCUCCCCAGCGUGCUGCGGGUCAGCAGGAACAAGACGGUUGAUUAUAUCUACACUGUGCUGGACGACCCCUCCUCGAGCACCCUGGCGUGGUGGACUUCCAAGUGUCUGCAGGGACUCGUGCUUCUCAGCGUGCUGGUCACCUUCCUGCAGAUUGUGGAGGAUCCGCCUCUGCAUGGGUGGCCAGCUGCCAUCGUCGAGACGGUAUUUGAUGUCGUAUUUCUGAUCGAGUUCGCAGUUCGGCUUUGCUGUGCGCCGAGCAAGGCUAGCGUCGUCUUCAUCUCCCACACGUGGAUCGAUAUCAUAGCGGCGAGUGCGAUCGUGGUGCGGGCAGCGGUCGGCUUCGUGCUCCCGCAAAGCCAGGAUGACCCAGUCUCGAUAAUAUUCUUGGGAGUUGUGCCGACCAUCCGGCUUUUGAAGGUUGUGCGGCAUUUCGAAACUUUCAACGUGCUCAUCGCGGCGGUCUAUAUCACGAUGGAGGCCCUUCCGAUGCUUCUGUACGCCGUUGCGCUCAUCACGAUGAUAUUCGCAACUCUCAUUUACGUGGUUGAGCCAGAGCUGUUCUCGUCACCCUUCAGGGCUGUCUGGUUCUGUCUCGUCACCGUCACCACGGUCGGAUAUGGGGACAUAGCUCCCGAGACUACAGCAGGAAUUUCAAUUGUUAUGACUUUGAUAGUCCUGGGGGUCAUAAUGAUGGCUGUGCCUAUCGGUAUUAUCGGGAACACUUUCAACCAGGUUUGGAACGCGAGGGACUACUCUCUGCUGCUCUCGAAGACGCGGAUGAAGCUGCACAAAUGGGGCUACACGGCCCACGACAUUCCAACAUUGUUCAGGCUUGUGGAUUCCAACGGCAAUGGAGUCCUCGAGGUCGGCGAGUUCUGCGAGCUGGUGAAGGAGAUGAAGAUCGGCCUCCCAGAGGAUCGGAUCGCCGCUCUGUUCGAGCACAUGGAUAAGGACGGAAGCGGAGGACUGGACGCGGCCGAGUUCGCCAUGGCGGUUUUCCCGGACACGUUCCUAGAGGCUUUCGUCACGCACACGAACGGGCGUCGGUCAACCAAAGCAGAACCUUGUUCGCCGUCUGUCAGGCAAUCGAGGCAAUCGAGAAAGGAGCCCUUGUCGCCAGCCCUGGACAGGCCGUCGACGGCGUUCGUCGGGCAUUAG